UCCUGGAUUCUAUAUAUUUUCUCUUGCUUCAUCUUAAAGUAUAAAGUAUUUUGAUUGUUUUCUAUUCACUGAGUAAUUUCAACAGUAAAUGACAAUUGUGAAAUUCAGAUAAAAAAAAAUAAAUCCUUUCUAAGUCUGCAGUCAUUCCCUCAAGAUUUCUGGUUCAAGGCUGACAUCUCUGAUGCCAACUGACAUGACAAGGUGAUCUCGUGGAAUUCUGAGUGGUAAAGCUAUUGACAUGAAAUGCUUGCAGGGAACUUAGUUCGGUUACAUAGUAUUUUCAUUUCCACCCAUAAAUCCCCUUGCCCAGAGUCUGCACACAACGAUGAGCUGGAAUUUAGGUUUAAACCGGUACCUCUGAGUAAUCACCCAGCUUCCAUCACACAUUAACACUGAAGUUGGGAAACGAGUAACAUUUCAUCGUGUGUUUUAAAUUUAAAACGAAGAGAAACUUUAGGUGGCCAAAGGAAACAGCAGACUUUUGCAGUUGGUUUUUUCCCCUCCUGACUUGUGUUGAAAGGCUUUUGUUUCUAAUCAAAGCAACAAACGCUAAGGUCAUUUCCUUGAGAUUAUAUGGCAGCGGAAGGCGUCGGGGGUUUUAGGUCCCACUUGCAGCAGCCCGUAGUUGGAGAACACACACACCCCACGGUGCGUAAUACAUGUGUCCUUUGUCCCACGCGUUCUCUCCAGUCCCUUUAAAUGAGCUGCGAGCAUGGUUCAGAGAUGACAGAAGGCAGGCACUGCCAGGUGCACCUCCUGGAUGACAGGAGACUGGAGCUGCUGGUUCAGCCCAAACUUUUAUCAAGGGAAUUGCUGGACCUUGUGGCUUCGCAUUUCAACCUGAAAGAAAAGGAGUACUUUGGAAUAACAUUUAUAGAUGACACUGGUCAGCAGAACUGGCUGCAGUUAGAUCACCGGGUUCUUGACCACGAUUUGCCCAAGAAGCCAGGCCCAGCAGUUUUGCACUUUGCUGUCAGGUUCUACAUUGAGAGUAUAUCAUUUCUAAAGGAGAAAACCACCGUGGAGCUGUUUUUCCUGAAUGCAAAGUCCUGUGUGCACAAGGGUCAAAUUGAAGUGGACAGCGAGACCAUCUUCAAGUUAGCAGCCCUUGUUUUGCAGGAAGCCAAGGGAGAUUAUACCAGUGAUGAAAAUGCCAGGAAAGAUUUAAAGACACUGCCAGCCUUCCCAACAAAAACUCUCCAGGAGCACCCUUCCCUGGCAUACUGUGAGGACAGAGUGAUCGAGCAUUAUCUGAAAAUCAAAGGUCUGACUCGAGGACAGGCUGUGGUGCAGUAUAUGAAAAUAGUAGAGGCUCUGCCAACUUACGGAGUCCAUUACUACGCAGUAAAGGAUAAACAAGGACUUCCUUGGUGGCUUGGAAUCAGUUAUAAAGGAAUUGGCCAGUAUGACUUGCAAGAUAAGGUGAAGCCUCGGAAGUUAUUCCAAUGGAAGCAGCUGGAGAAUUUAUAUUUUCGUGAGAAAAAAUUUGCUGUUGAGGUUCAUGAUCCACGAAGGAUUUCAGUGUCUAGAAGAACCUUUGGGCAAAGUGGACUCUUUGUGCAAACCUGGUAUGCAAACUCUUCUCUCAUCAAGUCCAUCUGGGUAAUGGCCAUUAGCCAACACCAGUUUUACCUGGACCGAAAGCAGAGCAAAGCAAAAAUUCCUUCUGCCAGAAGUUUAGACGAUAUUGCAAUGGACCUAACAGAGACAGGAGUGCAGAGGGUGUCUAAACUGGUGACGCUGGAGGCCAAAAGUCAGUUCAUUAUGGCCAGCAACGGCAGCUUAAUAUCCUCAGGUUCUCAAGACUCAGAAGUCAGUGAAGAGCAGAAGCGGGAGAAAAUCCUGGAGCUCAAGAAGAAGGAGAAAGUGUUACAAGAAAAACUCUUAAAAAAAGUUGAGGAGCUGAAGAAGAUCUGUUUGCGUGAGGCUGAGCUCACAGGCAAAAUGCCAAAGGAAUAUCCGCUGAAUGUCGGCGAGAAGCCGCCUCAGGUCAGGAGGCGCGUGGGGACCGCGUUCAAGUUAGAUGACAACUUGUUGCCAAGUGAAGAGGAUCCAGCUUUACAAGAACUGGAGAGCAAUUUUCUAAUACAGCAAAAACUGGUUGAAGCUGCAAAGAAACUUGCCAAUGAGCCAGACCUUUGCAAAACUGUGAAGAAGAAACGAAAGCAAGAUUACAUAGAUGCGGUGAGAAAGCUCCAGGACAUUGAAAAUGCAAUAAAUGAAUACCGAAUUCGAUGUGGAAAGAAACCCAGCCAGAAAGCAACAGAAGACAUCAUCCCAUCAGAGAGCAGCUCCUUGUCUGACACCACCUAUGAUGAUCCCAAUGAUGCCUUCAGUCCUGCUGGGCAGCGACCUAGUUCAGUACCCCAUUCUCCAAGAAUUCUUCCCCCCAAGUCUCUGGGUAUUGAGCGAAUUCAUUUCAGAAAGUCGUCCAUCAGUGAACAGCUUGGGGACACCAGGCAGUCCAGAGAAAUGCUGUCAACGCAUAGCAGCCCUUACAAAACCCUGGAGAGGCGGCCCCAGGGUGGACGGAGCAUGCCCACCACGCCGGUCCUCACCCGCAACGCCUACAGCAGUAGCCACUUGGAACCUGAAUCUGCAUCUCAGCACUGCCGCCAGCGGAGUGGGAGCCUCGAGUCCCAGUCCCACCUGCUCUCCGAGAUGGACGAGAAGCCAUUUUUCUCCCUCUCCAAAUCCCAAAGAAGCAGCAGCACCGAGAUCCUGGAUGAUGGGUCUUCCUACACCAGCCAGUCCAGCACCGAGUAUUACUGUGUGACUCCCGCUGCCUCUGCUGGACCCUAUUACACCACCCAGACUCUGGACACACGUGCCAGGGGCCGGAGGAGGUCUAGAAAACAGAAUGUUGCUACUUCCAAUUCAGGAAGCAUGCCCAACCUGGCACAGAAAGAUAGUGUGAGGAACGGGGUCUACUCAAAGGGUCAGGAGCCACCCUCUUGUAGUUACUAUAUCUCUGGUUAUGCGCCAUAUGCAGAGUGUGACCUUUAUUAUGGUGGUGGCUAUGUCUACGAGAAUGACACUGAGGGACAGUAUAGUGUCAAUCCUUCCUACAGAUCCUCAGCCCACUAUGGAUAUGACCGCCCAAGGGACUAUAGCAGAUCCUUCCAUGAAGACGAGGUGGACCGCGUGCCCCACAACCCGUAUGCAACUCUGCGGCUGCCCAGGAAGGCUGCUGUGAAAUCUGAGCACAUCACCAAAAACAUCCACAAGGCCUUAGUUGCGGAGCACCUCCGUGGCUGGUACCAGCGGGCCUCUGGGCAGAAGGAUCAGGGGCACAGCCCACAGACUAGCUUUGACUCUGACAGAGGAUCCCAGAGAUGCCUGGGGUUUGCCGGGUUGCAGGUGGCCUGUUCGCCAAGCAGCCGAGCGUCUUCCUACUCUUCAGUGUCGUCGACAAAUGCUUCUGGGAACUGGAGGACCCAAGUAACGGUAGGACUACCUGACUACGAGACUCCUGCACAUUCUCCGUACGCCAGCUGCUACGGCAACAUCUAUAAUGCUUUGCCCUCUCCGAGCAGGCAAAUGUCCCGGACAAUGAUUGUCUCUCCAGAAAUGAAAUCAGUUUUAAAUUCUCUUUUGCUAAGCGUAGCCAGCUGUAGCCAUACACAGAGACCGGGCACCUGGACAGCAGUGCAGAUGGAAGCCAGUUGGAGGACGAGCUGGAGAGUGGCGAGCAGAGGCUCUUUUGGCAUGAAGAUUCAAAGCCUGGAACAUUAGUUUGACGUGCAGUUGGACCUCCAGACCCAGCACUGCGUUCUUACACUGGUGUGCCUUGCAAAACUGUCCUCGUCUUCCCAGGAGGCUAUUGGCUUUAGGAAUCUAAAGACAUCUGCAGUUGCAGAGAUGACUCGCAUUGCCCUAGAAAGGAACUGCACACUAAGCCCCAAGAGCCCCUGAAUGAGGACGUGCCUUUCAAACUUCAGGCACUAACCUGACACCAAGGUCUGACCCUACAAGGAAUCCCUGCCAAGAAAGGACUCAGUUUGAAGUCCUUAUCUGUAGCAAGCACUUUUGAAAGGAAUGGAAAUUGUCAAAAGCAACCCUCCAAACUGUGAAAAUGCAUCCAGGGAGGGUUUUCCAUUGGAAAGAAGGACAGGAGAUUUCAGAGCACAAUUCAGAAUGAUGACAGAAGGGUAACCAGAAGCUCCUAAGCUCACCAACACCAAACUUGAAUUUGUGAGCUGAUGAAAAAGGGCAUGCUAUUUCUACAAAGACUUGGACAAUUUAGACAGUAUUGGAAAAUUACUUGAAGAGAAGUCAGAUUUUCAUGAAUUUUUGAAUGAGUGUAAAUGUUUUUAGGAUAUUAUGAAGAGUGAUGUUUUUUAUAAGCACCAUAAUAUGGGUUCUAGACAGACUUCUUGCUGUAGCAUCCCAUAAUAUAACUUUAUGGUAGCAGAUUGGUGAAAAUGAGGCAGCCGAUUGAAUAAGUGACCAACUCUGCUUGGACUCUUCCAAGGUAUCUUAUCCCUGAGCUCCUGCUUUCUUUCUCCACCACUUGUGUCAUGAGCUGCUACUCAGACUGGUCACUCUCUACCUUGGUUUCAUUUGAAAUGGUAGAGUUUGGUGGGAAAAGUUGUCAUAAUCUUGAGUUUCGAAAAGUAUCUUAAGGUGGUACAAAACGGGGCCCAAACAAUAACAACAAAACAAAGCCACAUCAUUGUAGAUGAAUUGUGUGCCUUAAAAUGGUGAACAUUAAAAAUUAAACAUAAUUUUUUGGAUUCCACAAGUAGUUGUGAGUCACCAAGUGACAAAAACAAAAUUAGCAUUUAAAAAAAAAGAUUCCAAGCUGCAGUGGAUUGAAUUAUGAGGCUAACACUACCUCAUAUUUUCCUUGGAAGAAUUAAUGAGCUGUGGUAUAUUGUGUGGUUUUGUUUUCCUGUCUGUUUUUUUAGAACAAAUGAUUUCAUUCUUCCAGAUUGUUCUUUGUUGUCUUCCUUGCUUCAGAAUUCCAUGAAAGGUGCUCCUUGUCCCAUCCCCUUUUAUACGAGUUUCUUGUUCAUAUUGUGAAUAGAGAAGUUUCUGAACAACUUUUUUGAACACCAUUUUCUAUCUGUAUUCCAAAGCAUGUAAUAUAUACAUGAAAGUGAUUUGUCAAACUGGUCCCUACUCAUUUGUAUCAUUAGAAAUGAAAUUUGGGGGAAAUUUUUGGAAAAAGAAAGCCUCAAGCAAAAAAUGAUAACUUAUUCCUUUUUGCAUAUUUGUAUAGCCUUCUAGAAACAGAAAUACCCUUUUGCAUAUUCUUUUACUGUUCUGACUUUUUCAGACCUAUUAUUUUUUUAUGUAGGUCAAUAAACUAAAGGUGUGCUACUGAGAA